UUGGUGUUGUGAUAGUCUAAGCGAAGUAUAAGGUUUUAUAUGGCACGAUAGAAUGUCUAGCUAAAUCUCGCUCUUGAAUUAUUAGAAGACAUUGACUGAGAUGCAGUACUACGAAGUUUUAUUUCUUAUAUUUGUGGUUAACUUGUCGUUAUUAAAAUGUGACGAAAACUUGACUGCAAGAAAUUGCAUUCCCUACAAAGAUGUGUUGCCGCAUGGGCAAUGUUUUGAUGCAUUGUCUAAGUAUAAUAUCUACAAUUACAACAUGGAGGAGCUGAAAAGCACUGAUAGAAUUUUGAGUGUAGUCUUCUCGCUCGUUUCUGGGUAGAAGAAUGCCGAUAACCAUACAAAGAUGAUAGCGAUUAAUAGACAAUUGCGAGAACACCUAGAUAUGUGCAGUCAUUUGCCCAAAUUUAAAACAAAUUUGGAAAAUAUCACUGAAGUAUACAAGGAGAAGAUUUCGUUAUUCUUUAGUUGUUUCUCUUAUGAUAUCAAGUGGAUUCUUUGUCAUCUAACACAUUCAGUAUGCUUACAAUCAAAUGUUGAUGCUUCAGUAAUACUAUCUCCACCUUGUAAAUCAACCUGCGUCAAUGACAAGUGUUUUGCUUUGUUCAAACAUGUUUACAAUCUGAUGAAGGAUUUACGUAGUAUCUGCCGUGCAUCGAUACCUCGCUUAAAUGACAGCAGAUUUAAUCUAAAUUGUCAAGCUUUACCUGAAGCGAAUGUUACUUAUUUUGAACGUUGUCAAAACAAAGAAAACCGGAACAUCCUGUACACGCGAUACUGUUACAAUUAUACCCGAAGAGACGACAGCUUUAUUGGAAAAGCUGAUCGAGGAUGUGUGUUUUGGAGUGAAGCAAACCCCUACGUAUCAGCUAGCGUAUAUCCAACUUUGAUUAAGCAAUAUUGCAGAAAUCCACAGGGAUUUGCCACCACACCAUGGUGUUAUACUGAUAUGCGAAGUCGUGCCUGGAAAACGUGCGAUUUAAUAGAGAAAUGUUUGACGCCUGCAGAAGAAAAUGAAGACGUGUCGAAAAAGAAAGCUAUACAUCAAUUUUGGGGCGAAUGAAAUUUUAUCAAAUUUGACAAGAAGUAUUCAAUUCAUUCUAGAAGAAUUUAGCCAGCAUACAAUUCUAUUCGAAAAGUUUUUGUGUAUGGUACAAUUUAGAGUUUGUUUGACCUCGUCGAAAGAUAAAUCAUUCAUUAUUUCCUGGCCAUGCCGCAGCUUAUGCAAAAAACAUGCACCAGUUAUACAAGAAAUAUAUAAUAUUUAUCAUCAAUUAACAAAACUAUCUAUAAAAGAGUUCGAAAAGGUUUUAAUUCCUGAUGUGGGAAAUAAAUCUAUCUGUACUAUACUUCCGGAACAGGAUAUAACACACCUAGAACGUUGUCAACUAAUUGGUAAGUAUCUAAUGUAGUUAUAAAUAUUGGAAUACUGUUCGUGGUGCAGAUAUGUAUAAAUGUUACCUAUCUCAGUUCAUUUGUAUUGCAGUGGUCCUGUCAUAAAAAAAACAACUAGAAAUUCAAAAAAAAGGCUGCGAAGCAUAUCGUUAGUUGCGAGAAAUAUUGAAGCUAGGCUUUUUUGUCCCUACUGCUUAUUACUUCUCCUCAAUAUAUUAUGGUGAGGUGCCGAAAUCUUGUGGGAGUACAUCAAAACUGCAUGGCUCAGAGGUAUUGCUUUUGAGCCUUGGCAGUUUUAAAUUUGUUUAAGCAGGGGAGUUCCUACCGAUGUGUUAUUAUAUUUAUGCCUGCUUUUUUAAUAUAUUAGCAUUCGCUUCAGGAUUUUGCGCAGUGCCAAUGUGAAAUACAAUGACUGUUUUUGGUAGAUUUAAAGAAGUUUAGCUCCAAUUCUAUUUAUUUACCAUUGAAGAUAUGUCAUGUUUGCGUCCCAAAGCCCAUGCAAAAAGGAAUUAACUGGACGAAUUUUCACCUUGUACUUUUCAGAUUGGCAAAAAAAACUACCUUCAUUUCUAAAAUAGGAAAGAUUUAAAAAUAGUAGUUUUAUUGAUACUUGAUAAAUAAUUUUUAGAUUUUUAGGAACCAAGUUUCCUUUUACUUAAGCCAAAAAAUAGCUGCUAAUUUCAGCUGAUAAUUUGGUAUUUUAAAAAUUUCUUUCAAAAUCUUUGUUUGUUUGGUAACAUAGCAAGCAAAUAUUUCCAGGAAAGUUUGUUCCAUCUGGUUCAACAUCUUCGCACCUGCAGUUGUAAAGCUCUCCUCAUAUCAUUUUUUUCUAUCAAUCACUUUUACAGUAACUAAUAUUAAUUUUCUGUAAAUAUGACAUUGUCUAAAAGAAAGUACAUUAGGCUUAGAACUCAGACCUAAACCGCCAUUACCAUUUUGGGGUGACCCCAUCAUUUUUUGUACCUUCAAUUUUGCUUCAGCCAUUCCAACGGAUUUUAGCCCGCCACAUUUACCGACCUUCACUUUUGGUACGGUUGCUGAGCUUGUUGGUCUUUGGAAUUUCUUAGCAGCGUCCGCUGAUCAUAAAGGACUCGGGUAUGGAAGUUAGGUUUUUCUAAAUAGAGCGCAAGGUGACCCAAAUGCACAAACACAAAAAUUAGUAGUGGGAUGGUAAAGAUUGAGCCACAAGACAUUGUGACUCAAUAAAACACACAUUGAGACUUCGUAUAACAACAAUGAUCACUGUUUGCGCGAGAUUAAUAAAUGCUGCAAGAUCCACAACAUCUGAUAACCAUUAUAAAAUGACUUGUCAACAAUGGAGAGGCCCACAGAUAACUUUUCAUCAUGUUCUUUAAUAGCCUUUCUAUCUGAGGUAGACCCAUCCAUAAUAUGGCGCAGGAAUUGCACAGGCAUGGAGUGGAGACAAGAAAAAAGGUAUGUAAAAUCUGAAGGCUUUUGAACAUCAAAAGGAGUUGAAUUGGGGGACUUACUUUUUCUAAUCACGAUGAUAAGUAAAUUGUGAGGACAAAAAUCCAUGGUAGUCCAUUUAAGUGCCAAGAAGACAUCGGGUUGAUAUCGUUCAUAAAGGCUCUUAAUAAAGACAGUUACACUUUGCUUGGUGUGAUAUACCUAGAAGCGGAAGCCAGUGUUGCGCACUCAGGAAUAAUUGAUGCCUGAAAAAAGAGUUGAUUGAUGGCAGUUGCUUGAUCGAGUCCGAUGAUAGCUAGAUCUGACUUAGAAGAAUGUGCAUCUUUAAGUGCUAACCGAGCUAUUGACAUAUGUUCCGACCAGCGCGGAACCCAUUCCAUACUUCCUUUCUGAACAGAUACAAGGCGGAACAAAAGCUUACCUUCGACAUACCUGAUUCAAAAUUAACGGGUUGAUGACAUUUAAACAACAAUAUUUAGUCAGAAGUGAAUGAUCUUAUACAUUUUCCUGAUAAGAAUUUUAUGAUCCGUACAAUAGAGAUAACGGUACACAAAUUUUGUCAAAACUCUCAUAUCUGCACGGGUAAACCACGCGAUCUUAUACUUUAAAUCACCAGCAUUACAAGUUCUAAACAAAACAGGCAACGGAUAAAAAGAAUUGUGAAAAGAAUUUAUUUGUGCAUUAACGGGCCAUUAAAUUUAAAUGAAAGAUCUUUUUUUUGUUUCUUUCAGGCAGCAGUUACUUUGUCUACGGGACUUAUCAAUUACUUUGGAUAUCAACCCAACCUUUUUCACCAAACCCAGCUACGCUUUACUUCCGUUUUACAGUGCCAUUUAGUAUUGUUUGUUUCUUAGUGAAUUUGCAAAAAGCCUUUCUCCAUUCUUACCUUCAUAUAAUUUUUAUGGAAUAAGCAAUCUAUCACCAUACAUUUUGGGAAACAACUCACAACCCAAACAUUGUACAAAACGAAGCUUUGUGAAAGUCUCUUAGUUGCAUGUUCUUUUUGCAAUAUAUACGUUUGCAGUAUUUUGUUUUUUGUAAUAUUAUAAAUUUGCCCCGCGUCUCAAAUUCGGGACCCAGCUGCUAGAGUUCCGAGUUCCGCGUUCUGCAUGUCGCUUUUCUUGUAUGCCCAUUGCUAGUAACUUGGAUUCAUUAAUUUAAUGCAAAAAACCUUUAAUAUCUUGAACGAUUCCAGUAUCAACCUCACAUGCUUUGCUGAAUACUGAAUAAAGAGCAAAUGAAGAGUAAUUCAAUCGCUAUUAUUUAAUUUGUUUU